AUGGCAGGAAGCUUCCUCGCAUACCACGAACCUGGCAUCGUCGAAAUUCUGAUAAUCGUAUCGUUUUUCUUCUUCCUCUCGCUAGCUGAAUGGGUUUCUGCCAAAAUUAUUCGCGCAGGCAUUAUUGGUCAGAUUGCUGUUGGGAUUAUUUAUGGGGAGCCCUUGGCGAAUAUUCUUGAGAGGUCUUGGCAAGAUACAUUUCUUGCCGUGGGAUAUGUUGGGUUGAUUUUGAUUAUUUUUGAAGGUGGUCUGCAGAUCAGACUUGAUCUCCUCAAACAGAAUUUCGUUCUCAGUGUCUUGGGAGCUGCUACGGGUGUCUGCUUUCCAAUUGGUCUCUCUUACUUAUUGUUGUAUCUGGGAUAUGGAUAUGGCGCCGUGGAAACAUUCAUUGCCGGUGCUGCGCUCUCCGCAACCUCCCUGGGCACGACAUUCUCCGUCAUUUCCUCGGCAUCCAAGGAGGUAGAUCUCUCGCAGACCAGAGUCGGCUCAGUCCUCGUUAGCGCUGCCGUCAUCGACGAUGUCGUCGGCCUAGUAUUGGCAAGCGUCAUCCACGACUUGGGCGCACUCUCAGACUCAGGCCAGGGCCAUCCAAACCUCGGCUGGAUAAUCGGCCGCCCAAUCGUCGCCUCAGCAGCAAUGGCAAUCGCAACCCCAAUUCUAACAAAGUUCCUCUUCGCGCCAAUCUUCCGACGAUGGAUCGAGCACACCUUUGCGAAAUACGACCACAUCUCCAACAUCACCCUGAUGGUCCUCGUUCUCUCUGCAUUCAUCAGUAUCGCAGCAUAUGCAGGAACGUCAGUUUUGUUCGGGGCUUUCCUUGCCGGGACAUUCCUCACUUACUUGCCCAGCAAACAUCCCGACGGGCCUUUUGUCGUCAUGAGUCGCGAGGAGGGCGAGAGAGAGGCGGAUAAAAGUCCCACUUUUGUUCAUACGUUUGAGGCGUAUCUUCUUGAUGUACAGAAGUAUCUUAUGGAGCCGCUUUUCUUUGCCAGUGUGGGCUUUGCGAUUCCUUUUUUGAAGCUUUGGACUGGGAAAAGGAUUUGGAGGGGGAUUUUGUAUUCGUUGUUGAUGGCGUUUGCGAAGUUUAUCGUCGGUGUGUGGGUUCUCAUCUGGGAAUCUCUGUCGAAAGAUUCGUCAAAGGAGCCUGUCCUUGGCCAGCAGGGCGGUGCUCAUCCGAACAACAAAAAUGUCACUCAGCCUCGGAAGAAAAAGAAUUAUAGCGCCGCCUCCCUUGCAGGACUCCUCCUUGGAGCGGCGAUGGUCGCUCGUGGCGAAAUCGGGCUAUUGAUCAUAGAGGUCGGAUAUAACGAGACAAGUUACGUCAGCCAGGAAGGCUUCAUUACUGCCGUCUGGGCUAUUCUUCUCAACACCAUCAUUGGUCCCGUCACUGUGGGAUAUCUGGUGAAAUUCUAUGGGAAGCAUAUUGGAGAGGGGAAAUGGGGUCUUCAAGAUACCAUGACGGCUGCUCCAUGUUCAAGGGCACCCGUUGACAGCGGGCCUGCCUGA